AUGCAGACCUACGGUGGCAUACACGCUGUUCUUCUCUUAGCAACUGUUACCCUGAAUCCAGCAGCUGCUGCAGCAGCCCAGAGUGACAAAGAUGCCACUGGAGAACAGGUCUAUCCCCCGCUGUGGGACGUUGUCCCUGAAAACCUGCUGAAUUUCCCAGUUAAGGGCAACAAAAUUGUCAUCGAUCCUUGGAACUAUCGGGAACGACUGGGAGUGUAUAAGAGCUUGCUAAAUUCUUCAGCCAUAUAUUUUACCAACUUUGGAUCCCAAAACUUUGGCAAUAUUCUCUGGGGAUUACCAUUGCAGCAUGGGUGGCAAUUCCGUACAGGCAGACUAGCAGAUCCUUCCAGUGUGACUUCUUGUGGCUAUGAAGAUGGAGACCUGUGUAUAUCUGUAAGAAGCUGGUGGUCCUGUAUGAAUUACUACCUGGCCGUCAUACCCUUUCUGGGAGCAGUGGAAGCUGGCCUCUUUCGAGAGGUGCUGUAUGAGAUAGAAUUACUGCCACCAGAGGAGCGAAGAGAUGAUUUCUGCUAUAGUGUUGCUGACUGCCGUUCUCGCAUUCCUGAGCUCAUGGAUAAGUGGAAGGCCUAUUUUGAAUAUCUGCUGUCUACAGAGCAAAAAGCUAUGGGCCCUGCAACGUUCUCCUCCUUCAUACUGGAUGACGCUCUCCAUUACAUGUGGAAGGCGCAUGUUGCCUCCAUUGCCUAUGCGCUGUCCAAGUUCCAGGACAGCUUAAGAUAUCUCCCUGAUCCAGAAGCAAAUUUUGGUGAAGACUGGGCUAAUGCUGUAGAUUUCAUUGCAGCCACACAUUUCUCUACAGAUUUACAAACCACAAACAACUUCCAGGCUUUCUUGCCUCAGAGGAUGCUUGUUGAAGGGGAUGUCUUGCCAUCCAUCAGUGGCUUCAGUCCACAGCAAAACAGAGUCCUGCUCUCAAUGAGAGCUCUCCACAAAGCGAAUCAAUUAACAGGAGGACUGCUGUUGAAGCUCUGGAAAAAGGCUAUGUCUACUGAAGCAGGAAGAAAAAUGGGCCGAAAACUGAUUGAAGACUUGGCUUCUGGCCAGAAUUUUGACCCAGUGGGAAUAUAUAAUGAUUUGAAAAGAGUUGAUUUGACAGCACGCAGUUUCCUGAGAAAAAGCAGUUCCAACAUUGAUUGA